GAUUCACCGUCUAUUCUCGUCGUAAUCUGUUGUUCGGAAUUCGGAAAAGGGUCGCAGAAAUCCGUACGCAUCUAGAGAUGGACUCGGUUCUUCUGGUUGCCGUCGCGUCGGUUGUGGUCGGCGCGUUGAUUGCUGUGGUUUUCUUCGGUAGCUACUUCCGGAAGCGGAGAUCGGAGGUGCAAUCGAUCGCCAAGGUGGAUCCUCGACCAGAUCCUACGCGGAAUCAGAAAUCAAAUCAGCCACUCUCCAAGAAGGCCCAUCCCAAGCUUCACUCUCAUUCCUCUGACAAGGAUCAACCCAAGCGGCGUCAUCCUUUGGACUUAAAUACGUUGAAAGGGCAUGGUGAUACUGUAACCGGGUUGUGUUUCUCCUCCGAUGGUCGGAACUUGGCUACAGCUUGUGGUGAUGGAGUGAUCAGGGUGUUCAAGCUGGAUGAUGCCUCAAGCAAAAGCUUCAAAUUUUUAAGAAUAAAUCUUCCUUCUGGAAGUCAUCCGACUGCUGUUGCAUUUGCUGAUGAUGCGUCUUCUGUUGUCGUGGCUUGUCAUGCCAUGUCUGGUUCUUCUGUGUACAUGUAUGGAGAAGAGAAACCAAAAGCUUCUAACGAGGGUAAGCAGCAAGCGAAACUUCCUCUUCCGGAGAUCAAAUGGAAGCACCACAGUGUUCAUGAGAGAAGAGCUAUCCUGACCUUAUCUGGAGCAACUGCAACUUACGGCACUGCUGAUGGGAGUACCAUCUUUGCCUCUUGUUCAGAAGGUACUGAUAUUAUACUUUGGCAUGGGAAAACUGGGAAGAAUUUGGGACAUGUUGACACAAAUCAGUUGAAGAACCACAUGGCUGCUGUAUCACCAAAUGGGCGCUUCCUGGCUGCCGCGGCAUUUACUGCAGAUGUGAAGGUGUGGGAAAUUGUAUACAUGAAAGAUGGUUCUGUGAAGGAGGUUUCAAAAGUUAUGCAACUUAAAGGGCAUAAGAGUGCGGUGACUUGGUUAUGCUUCACUCCAGACUCAGAACAAAUCAUCACAGCUUCAAAGGAUGGUUCAAUAAGAAUUUGGAACAUCAAUGUCCGCUAUCAACUCGACGAGGAUCCGAAAACUUUGAAGGUCUUCCCGAUUCCACUUAGUGACUCCAGCGGCAAUCCUCUGCACUAUGAUCGGCUCAGCCUAUCUCCUGAUGGAAAGAUACUGGCAGCAACUCAUGGUUCCACGCUGCAAUGGCUGUGUGCUGUAACUGGAAAUGCGUUGGAUACGGCUGAGAAAGCACAUGAAGGGGACAUCACAUGCCUUUCAUGGGCGCCAAAACCUGUCAUAGUUGGGGAGAGACAGGUGUCGCUUUUAGCGACGUCAAGUGUUGACAAGAAAGUAAAGCUGUGGGAAGCUCCCUCGCCAAAGUCUUUGUAGAUAAGAUAUCAGCUUACAGCUUCAGAGAUGACACAUAGAGCAAAUGGGUCCUCACCCCACUCGUUUCUAGAAGUAAGAGACCGGGGAUAUUGCAACUUUUUGCAUAUCACAUACCUGAAGAGAAACCUUGUCGAAUAGAUUGGCUUUUUAGUUGUUUUGAAUCUUGAGUCCUCCAAAAAAAGCUUGCUUGAGUGGUUUUUCAGGUGGUCUGGUCUGAGUAGAGGCUGUAGGAGGGAAUUCUGAGAAGCGUCUUCUUCUGUUUUUUGGCGGUUUAGGGUUAAACUUUAUGCUUUGAGCUCCCUCCAUGUUACUUGUUUCUUCUCCUAAACUACGGUUUUUGGAAUGUUUCUUCUACUGCCUCUUAUGGAAUUCAUAUGUCGGUGAGAAUUUUCCUUUGGCGCAAAAGACCUCUCAGUUUUUACUUA